AUGAAUAGUAUACGGAGAGGUAUUUGUCUCAUUGUCAACAACAUGAUGUUUUGGCAUUCAGAUUUCCAGAAUCGUUCAGGUUGCGAUGUUGAUGAGAAGAACUUAGAAAAAGUGUUUGGAUCGUUUAAUUUCCUUGUAAAAUUGUUUCGUAAUCUGUCAGCCGGUGAAAUACAUGCCCAGUUAGAACAUUUAAGCCAAAAAACAAAUCAUGAAGAAUAUAACUGUUUAGUCAUCUGCCUUAUGUCUCAUGGCACUAUUGGUCGUAUUUAUGGUGUCGAUGGAAAUUCUUUAUCUAUUCAUGAAUUGACUUCAUUGUUUACAGCUGAUAACUGUCCAUCGCUAGCGGGAAAACCGAAAAUAUUUUUUAUCCAAGCAUGUCGUGGUGAAGACUACCAAAAGGGAUAUGUUUUACAACGACAAUCGAUUAGAAAUUAUCAAAACAACAAUGAGUUAAACAAUGUGGGCGAUAAUGAUGAUGACGUCGAUAACCUGAAACCAGACAAUUCAUCGAAUACAAGGCCAAGAUUAUCAGUUUCUGAUGCAAAGUUUGUUGGCUUUAAAUUAGACAAUUUGUUCAGUAGUUCAACAUCACUAUAUCCAAACAAUGUCCAGUUAAUUCCAGCAUACGCUGAUUUUUUAUUAAGUUAUGCAACUGUAGCUGGUUUUCGUGCACAACGAGAUCCAACUGGUGGUACAGUAUAUAUUCAAGCAUUGUGUAAACGGUUGAAUAAAAUCUCAGCAAAUGAAAGCCUUUUAGAUAUAG